ACCAGCAGCCAUUAGCCCAUUAGGUUGUCCACUACUAGUACCCACUAAACACCAUUAUAUUAGGAUUAGGUUACAGAAAAAAAAAAGGAGGAGAGAGAAAGCAAGGCUAUCCCAACGGUCACUUCGUCGUCGCCAAUCUGCCAGAUCGCCAUGGAUCCCCUCCUCCCAAGGUCCCCCACAAGGCUAGCGGAGAGGAGGAAGGAGGAGCAGGAGAAGAGAAGCCCACCGCGUCGCCAUCAUUAACUCCUCGUCUCCCUCGAAAGCACCACCGGAUCCGACGACCCCCUCCUCGAGGGGGAGCACGUCACCCCCCUCUCCUUUCUCCCGGCCUCACGAAACCGCCGGCCCAGCACUUUUUUUUUCCACUCGCUCGCUCACAUGCUCCUGCUGCCGCCGCCGCAGCCGCAGCCGCAGCGGAGAGGGGCGCCAUGUCGCGUAGCGGCGUGGAGGUGAUCGUGAGCAGGGGCUGCUCGAGGCUCGUUCUCCCCGGGAUGCAGUCCUCAUCCGCCUCCGCCGCUUCCUCCUCCUUCUCGCGCGGCGGGGGCAGCGCCGCCGCCGCCGCCCGGCGGCCGCUACGUGAUGGGCCCUUCUCCGGAUUGGUCAUCUGCGUCACCGGGCUGUCUAAAGAGGCAAGGACUCAGGUGAAGGAGGCGACUGAGAGGAUGGGAGGCGAGUACAGCGGGAGCCUGCAUCCCAAUUGCACUCACCUAGUGGUGCAGAGCUUAGCUGGCCGUAAAUUUGAGCACGCGCUGAAGCAUGGUCGAAGGAAUGGCCUCUUUCUCGUAACGCUUGGUUGGUUCGUCGAUUGCGUGCGGAGGAACAUGAGGUUGGAUGAAUCAUUGUAUAGUAUCAAGAACAUCGGGGAAAACGGUAUGCCACUUGGGGAGUUCAACCGGCUUGUUGGCGCUCCUGUUGGUGAGAAUUCUUGCCUUCCACCGAUGGUGUCUCAGGAAAAAGCAUUUUCAAACACAACUGAAAAGCAUCGGCUUCAGACAUCUAGAAAAGAACAUGACCAUGACGAGUACGUUUUUACAAAUGACUCAAUCUACAUUGAUCCUGGGAUAUCUGGUGAAAUGAGGAAGAAGGUGUCUGAUGCUGCUACUAGAGAAGGUGCAAAACUGUUGGACCAUUGGUUUAUUGGUUGUCAUGCAACAUAUGUUGUGUGUGAGGACACUUCUGUCAAGAGAUAUGUUGGUCAUUCAGACAACAUUGUAACUCCACUUUGGAUCUUGAAAACUGCAAAGGAAAAAGGUUUGCAACGUCUUGUCCAUUUGUCUUCGGACAUAGCUAGGCAGGUUGCCAUGAUUCUUGAAAAUGCCCAGACAUUGCAAGAGAAUAGAAAAACUGGGGGUGUUCCUUCUAUAAACUCAAACACCAACGGAGCAUCAUCAACACAAGAGGAGAUAGAUGAGACUCGUCAAGAGAGGCAAAAAUUUGUUGAAGCAGCAAAGAAAAAUGUUCGAGACCGCCGUGCUCGGCGUAUGCAGUCAUGUGAAGUACCACUCCAUCCAAUCACACCUGUGAAACUUCUGGAAUCAAUCUGCUGGACUGUAUCUGAGCCAACCACAUCUGCAUGCAUAUAUACGGAGUCUUCAUGGUCAGACGAUGCCUUUGAGCAACAAAGCACUACUUUCUUUGAUGCAAAUGGGGAUGGCAAGGAUCCAGAUCAAUCAAGUGAUAGUUUCUCUCGGCCACUAAGGGAAAGUGAGAAGAGUGAAGUGAUCUUUAAGAACCACUUCCUUACCAUACUCUUCCCCAUUGAUCGUUUUGGUGAGCUUGGACCUUCCUCGAGGACAUUCUUCAGCAACGGUGGCUUCACACGCAUACAAGUGCUUGAUCACAUCUACAACUUCUACCAGGAAAAUAUGUCACCCGAUGAGAUAAACGUAGCACUGCAUACGGAUUCUCGACAUGCUGAUCGACUUCGCUCGCUGUACACAAGUACUGAAUCGGCAGAGAGAGGUCUUGUAACAUUCAAAAGAAUCGAUUUUUUGGGAAGCCGAAGAAGCUUUGAGGGGCUAAAGCGCCUCAGCAGAGAGAAUAACAGCAAUGUAUAUGAGCUUGUGAUUAGGGCAUAAACACACACCAUACUAGGUGAUAUUUAGCCAAAUUUGUUUGCUCCUUACAGGUUUGAGAGUGAUGUACCAUGUAUGCAGAAUAAGAUUGUAGGAUAUACAUAAAGUUCAAUGAAUAGAAUCUUGUUGGAUAGUCCAGCCGCA